UGAAGGAGGGUUUUAGUGCCCGGAAACGGAAGUCUCGUUCUUUUUCGUCCUCUUCCCCGGCUGUGGCUCGCUGCGAGCGUUUGUAGGGUGGUACACGGGUGAGAAGGUCCCGGUGCGCGCCGGCUCCCAGCGCGUCUCGUCACCAUGCCUCGGAAAAUUGAGGAAAUCAAGGAUUUUCUGCUCACAGCCCGACGAAAAGACGCCAAAUCUGUCAAGAUCAAGAAAAAUAAGGACAAUGUGAAGUUUAAAGUUCGAUGCAGCAGAUACCUUUACACCCUGGUCAUCACUGACAAGGAGAAGGCAGAGAAACUGAAGCAGUCCCUGCCGCCUGGUUUGGCAGUGAAGGAACUGAAAUGAACCAAAACACACUGAUUUGACCUGUAUGUUAAUAAAUACUAAAAAUCCUAA